CUCAGCAGCCUGCGAGCGUACCCCGAGAGCGGCUAAGGAGCAUUUCUGAGAAAAAUAUAUCUAAAUAAUAUAUAUAAAGAAAAACGGCAAAAACGACUCAGCCACCAAAAGCAUUCACAGAAUUCUUCGAGGAACAUACCUUUGUAAGAGAUUGCAAUGCUUCAAACCAGGGAUCUCGUCUGGGCAUUGCUUUUCGUUGGCACUGCAGCUGCCCUGCAGGUGACCAUCACCCCAGCCCAAGGGGAGAUCAGCAUGGGGGAGUCCAAGUUCUUUCUGUGUGAAGUUAUUGCAACGGUUGGAGCAACGGACAUCGAUUGGUACUCUCCAGACGGGGAGAAGAUUUUGCCGGGCCGACAGGACGUGAUCGUCACCCGUAACGAUGAGGCGUCCUCCACCCUCACCAUCUACAACGCCAAUGCCGACAAAGCCGGCACCUACGAGUGCAAGGCCAAAUACGGGGACACAGAAUCCGAAGCCACGGUCAACGUCAAAAUCUUCCAGAAACUCACCUUCACAGACGCGCCCUCUCCUCAGGAGUUUGCUGAGGGUGACGACGCUGACAUCGUGUGCAAAGUCGUCAGCUCUCCCAGUCCCACUGUCCUCUGGAAGUACAAGGGGCGUAGGCUUCAAUACCACGACGACGUCCGAUACCAGGUCCGGAGCAACAACUACCUGCAUAUCCGCGGCAUUAAGAAGACGGACGAGGGGCCGUACACCUGUGAGGGCCGCAUCAUGGCCCGCGGUGAGAUCGACUUCAGGGUCAUCAUGGUCGUCGUGAAUGUGCGCCCAAGCGUCAGGCCCAGGCAGACGGAGCUGAACUCCACCGCGGACAUGGGCCUGUCAGUGAUGCUAGCCUGUGACGCCGACGGAUUCCCGGAACCCAAUGUGACCUGGGCACGUAAUAACGUCGUCCUUGAAACGGAUGAUAAGUACAGCCUGAACGAAGAUGGCUCGGAGCUGAUAAUAAAAGAUGUGAAGAAAGUGGAUGAAGGAGACUACACAUGCAUCGCCAAAAACAAGGCAGGGGAGACCGAUAAAGAAAUCAGUCUGAACGUGUUCGUCAAGCCAAAGAUUACCUACCUGGAGAACCAGACAACGUCCGAGCUGGAGGAGCAGAUCACGCUGACGUGCGAGGCGACAGGAGACCCCACCCCCAACAUCGUGUGGAGCUACGGCCGUCGCGUGUUCUCCGAGGGGGAGCAGGCUUCUUGGACUCGGCCAGAGAAACACAAGAGCCUGGACGGAAACGUGGUGGUGCGGAGCGACGCCCGCGUGUCCUCUCUCACCCUGAAGUACGUCCAGUUCACGGACGCUGGACAGUACCUCUGCACCGCCCAGAACUCCAUCGGUCUGGACACCCAGGCCAUGUACCUGGAAGUGCGCUACGCACCUAAGAUCCAGGGCCCGGUGACGGUGUACACCUGGGAAGGCAACCCGGCUAACAUCAGCUGCGAGGUGCUGGCCCACCCUGGCGCCAGUGUGGUCUGGUUCCGUGACUCACAGCCUCUGCCCAGCGCCAACACCACAAACGUCAAGAUCUUCAACACCCUCACCGCGAGCUACCUGGAGGUCACCCCAGAGUCUCAGGCCGAAUUUGGAAGCUACAACUGCACCGCUACCAACUUGAUCGGCGUGGAGUCCAAGGAGUUCAUCCUGAUUCAAGCAGAUGUCCCGUCAGCCCCAUCCAUCAGGCGCGUGGAGCCCUACUCCAGCACGGCGGUGGUCGCGUUCGAGGAGCCCGAUUCCACCGGGGGAGUGCCCAUUCUGAAGUACAAGGCUCAGUGGCGCGUGGACCAGGAGGAGGAGUGGACAACCAGGGAGUUCGAGGAUGAUACCGGUAUGGAGUCCAUCACCAUCUCAGGUCUGCGGCCCGAGACCGCCUACGUGGUGAAGUUGUCCGCCGUAAACGGCAAGGGUGAGGGGGAGAGCAGCGCCCCUGAGUCCUUCAAGACCGAGCCAGUCCGGGAACCCAACCCUCCUAAGCUGGAGGCUAAGCUGCAGUCCAACGGCAAUGUUCUCAAGGUGAACUGGAUCAAGCAGGACGACGGGGGCUCCCCCAUCAAGCACUACCUGGUCAGAUACAAGGCUAAGCACAUGGUGGACUGGAAGCAGGAGCUGCUGCUGCCCAGCAUCAGCCAGCACGUCCUCCUGAGCGGCCUGGAAUGGGACACGGAGUACGAGGUGCACGUUCAGGCCGAGAACCAGCAGGGCAAGUCCAGGCCUGGCGCUAUCUUCAUCAAGACCUCUCCGGAACCCACCACCAUCCCAGCGACCCUUGGCUGUUCCUCUGUGACGUCCACUGUAGUCUCUCUCAUCUUCUGUCUGCUGACUGUGAUCGUUCUCUCAUAAACUGUGCUCGUGUUCGGAGCAGGGAGGAGCCUCUGUCCCCCGCCCUUUCAUAUCUCACGCUCGGGCCACUUUGUUUUGUACACCUUUCCAAUCCUUCGUGCAGGCGAAAAAGAAGCAAAACAGCAGUUUCCUGUAAAGGUCGGGCGGGUCAGGGCGGGACUGGGCGGGGGGGAAUGCGUGAUAUUGUAUUUGUCAUUGUACAUUUUGUUUGUUUGUUUCGUCACUUUGUCUGCAUUUGAAUAUUCAGUCCCUUAAAUGCAACAGGUUUUUUUUUUUGUUUUGUUUUUUCGGAAUUGAAAAACAAACAACAAAUACACAGUAUUUGCCCUGUAUACUUUUAUAUACUACAGAGCUUCUGGAACAUACCAGGGAAUGCAGCAUCUUUCCUCCCCAGUCCUGGUUUCCAUUGAGUAGAUGACUAUAAAGGGGAGACAGGGUCUUGGCUAGUUAUUGUGAUCUCCUGUUCCGCAUUUCGUCUCCAUGUUGUAUUAAUGGUCACCUGUCGCACCCUACUUACUGUUUAAAUGUAGUGUCACUCUAAGAAGGACAACAAGUAUUUUUCAUUUGAUGCAAAAAAAAAAAAGAGAUGAGGAUUCAAAUGUUUUCUUUCAAAGUGUACUGUACAUAAUUAUUUUAAUUUCUUUUUUUUCCGAACUAAAAAAAACAGGCCUUUCUUUUUGUUAUUGUUUUUGCAUUUUAACCUAAGAGUAAAAGGUAUUCUACAUGCUACAGCUGAUUAACUGAAGGAUACAGGUUGAAGGUAUCAUUUCCAGUCUUGUGCUAUGAUGGCAUUCUAUAACAUAACUUUUGUAAGUAUAUGCAGUGCAAGUGUGUCCCUAUAUGAUAAAUGUUUUUGGGAAUUAUGAGAAUACCAUAAUGUAGUGAUAUGACUUUUUUCGGGGCAGAGUAUCACCCAGAACCAUACAUUAUUAAUUAAACAAUGUCUGUGUGUGUGUAUGCGUGUGUGUGUGUGUGUGUGUGUGUGUGUGUGUCUGGGUGGAGCCAACUUCAUUUUGGUUUUUCAUCCUCUGGUUUGUACAAUUUAAGAUGAUGUCAUUGUUGCUCUGUAUUAUUUUUUGGGUAGAUUCAACGAUUGAAGUGUCUUAUGUCCUGGAGGCUCCCCUUAACUGGAGGCUUAACUCAGGGGUACAGAGUGCUCCUGAGGGGUGGGAAAUGUAUCUGGGAUUAGUGUUUGUUGAGAGUUCCCCUGUGAACCUGCACUGCCCACAUUUUUAGACUGACUGACGAAAAAUAAAGAGAUGCACCCGGAACCCUACUCCUGGAUUUGCAUGUGCCAAUCAAAA